AUGAACGUCUCCGAGACCAAACCCUUCGCGCCGCACGCGCCCGUCGACAUCGAUCUGCUGCGGACAUUUCUGGCCAUCGCCGAAACGCGCAGCUUCUCAAAAGCGGCCGAGCGGGUCUUUCGUACGCCAUCGGCGGUUUCGAUGCAGGUCAAGAAGCUUGAAGACUUGCUGGGCGUCUCGGUGUUCACACGCGAUUCGCGCUCGGUCGCGCUGACCGCAGAGGGCGAGAUGCUUGUCGGCUAUGCGCGCCGGAUCCUGGCGCUGUCCAACGAGAUGAUGGCGCGUUUCGUCAUGCCCGAUGUCCAAGGAACGGUCCGGCUCGGUGCCGCCGACGAUCAUGGCGAACGGCUGCUGCCCCAGGUUCUGACGCGAUUUGCCGAAACGCAUCCCAAUGUGGCGGUCGACGUGGUGAUCGAGAAUUCGGACCAACUCCUGCCGCGUUAUGACCGCGGCGACCUCGAUGUCGUCAUCUUCACCGCCCGGCCGCAAAGCGCACUGCCCGCAGACGGGGUCGUGCUGAUCGAAGAACAGCUUGUGUGGGCCGGUCUGAAGGGCGGCUGCGCGUGGGAGCGCGAGCCAUUGCCUGUUUCGAUGUGGGAAGAGGGCUGCUCGUGGCGCGCCAAUGCGGUGGAGGCGCUCGGCGAGAUGGGCCGCAACUUCCGCAUCGCCUAUAUGAGCGCGCACACCGCUGGACAACGUGCCGCGUUGAUGUCGGACCUCGCCAUCGCACCGCUGCCGGCUUCCUGUGUCCGGCCGCCGCUGAUUUGCCUUGGCAAGAAGCAGGGGCUUCCGCCGCUCGGCACCUACCAGAGCCGGAUGCGCUUUCGACAUGAUGCCGGCGAAUGCUCGCGCGCCGUCGCGGACCACGUUCUCGCCUGUUAUGAGGCGCUCGAAAGCGGUGAGCUGGAGUGUUAA